UUCAAUUGAGGAAUGCGGAAAAACUGCAGUCAGCAGUCUUGCUUCAAACCUCGCUCGCUCCUUCCCAUAAUCUUUUCAUUAAUGCACACCAUUUUGUGUUUUUUCUUUGCAAACAACUGAACAGAGAGGGAAAAAAUAAGUAAUUGUUCUUAAAUUCCAGAGUUUAGAAACACACAGAGAGGCUUUUAAUAAAGGGACUGCGGAGAGGAAUCCGUGUUUCCUCGAGUUUCACAGCGCUAGAAGCGUCCUCGCUGCAUUUAAACACCGCAUCAGCGACUAACACUGGGAGAAAACGUUAUGUCAGCCGAGAAGGAAAGGAUUUUUCGAGCGUUGAAGGACAUGGUACAGAAACCCGGGAAUGGGAUCUGCGCUGACUGUGGCUUGCCAGAACCUGAAUGGGCUUCGACCACACUUGGAAUCUUCAUUUGCCUCAACUGCUCGGGGAUCCAUCGGAACAUUCCAGAUGUGAGCAUCGUUAAGUCACUCCUCCUGGACCCCUGGAAUGAUUCCCAAAUUCAGCACAUGGCCAUCCACGGAAAUGAAGCAGCCAGGAACAAGUACGAAGCAUUUGUUCCUGCCUAUUACUACGUCCCGACGUACAAGGACUGCCAGGUCCUGAGGGAGCAGUGGAUACGAGCAAAGUACGAACGCAAGGACUUCAGCGAAGAGAACAAGCAACUGGCUUAUGCCACCGGCUACAGAGAAGGGUUUCUAUGGAAACGUGGCAGGGAUAACGGCCAGUUCCUGAACAGGAAGUUUAUCCUGUCAGAGGCUGAUGGGAUCCUGAAGUACUUCACAAAGAAUGACGCUAAAGAGCCCAAGGCUAUGAUUAAAGUGAGCAACAUCAACGCUACCUUCCAACCAACCAAAAUCGGAAACCCCAACGGCCUUCAGCUCACAUACCUGAAGGACAACAGCACACGGAACAUUUUUGUUUACCAUGAAGAGGGAAAGGAGAUAGUGGACUUCAAUGCCAUCCGAGCCAUCCAGUUCCACUACUUAAAAGUGGCUUUCCCAGGGGCGAGCGACCAUGAGCUGAAGCACAAACUGACCAGGAAUUUCUUGAAGGAAGGUUACAUGGAGAAGACCGGACCCAAGCAAACCGAAGGCUUCAAGAAACGAUGGUUCACUCUGGAUCAUCGGCGCCUGAUGUACUACAAGGAUCCUCUGGAUGCGUUUGCCAGGGGCGAGGUCUUCAUUGGCAGCAGCGAUAAUGGUUACAUGGUCAAAGAGGGACUUCCGCCUGGCACACAGGGCAAUGGGAACUGGCAGUACGGCAUCACCAUAGUAACGCCGGACCGGGACUUCCUGUUCACCUGUGAGACAGAAAGAGACCGCCGGGAUUGGAUGGCGGGUGUUCAAUGGAGUUAUGAGUCAACAGAUGGUCACCGCAAGAAUACACAGUGGAAGCCUACUUCAAGCACAGACGGUAGACUGCGCUAACCAACCUCUGAACUUCCCAUACACCCAUACAGAUUAACAACACAAUGCUGCUGGAAGGCAUUUCACCAAUGACUCCAACCACUCCUGGUGGAAGCAGGUGCCAUUUCCCCAGAAUCUUCAUCUAACUGUGGGCUCGCAAAUGGGAGCCAGGGCUGAAACAGGACACACAAUGUUCAGCCUUGUUAAGCGCGGGCGGAGGGCUUCAGUCACCUGACUUGCUGAUGUGACUCCUCCUGUCUUUGAGGUGGCAGCGCUGCUAUCGGCCUCGUUGGGAACGCACAACACAAGCCGGAGUCCCCAGCUGCCCAUUCCUGGUGAGGAGUGCUUCAGGAGCUGGGAUUGCACUGUGAGGCACAGUUCACGAAGAUCAGAAUUGUCUGUCCCAUGGAAUUAAUUAGGGAACAAAAUAGAGACGGAAAAGGGAAAAAUGCUCUACAAAGUAAUAGAAGGGCAUUCUUCAGAGGAGCAGAAAUGAUAGGACAGUGUAAACUCCUUCUAUACUGACCCGUGCUCUUCCUCCCUGGGGAGAGUUAGAUGGGACAGUGUAGAGGAAGCUUUCUGGAUUCUAAAUUGUAUUCAAUUAACUGGGGGAACAGGAACACAGGGUAUCCGAAACCUGAAAGUUCUGAUUCCCUCAGCACUGACAUCCUGAAUUUUUUCAGCCGUGAAAACUCAACAAGACUUCUGCUUUCGGUUCAGAGACUCUUACAGCCCCUCGAGAGUGGAGCAGGGCUUCAGGCAGUUGUAGCUGAUCACCCCACUGAUGGUCCCACCCACUGUCUGAAGACCUGUCUCCAUCACAGGAUGGGAGGCACAGUCAGGCUACUGCUGCUUAGUGAUGGUGAAACAUGCUCAAUGUGUUAACUGCUUCGACCAGGAAACAUCAGAAAAAAUAACAUGUAAACCUUACAAUAAAGUGGUGCAAUCUUCCUGAGAUUGCCAAUGCAGUUUGUCAACACGUA